AUGGUUUCCCUCGUUUUACACACUCUCGCUUUUCCAACACUCCACUAUUGCCGCCAUGACCAGAGAGAUGCUCUUCUGGAGUUCAAGGACGAGUUUCCUGUAAACGAAUCCAGCCCAAUUCCUAACGAUGCGCCGUUAAGCUCAUGGAACACAAGCAGUGACUGCUGUUUUUGGAAGGGUGUCACGUGCGAUGCUAAAUCUGGCGAGGUGAUUUCACUUAACCUUAGUAACGUUUCACUCAACAACUCUUUGAAACAAAAUAGUGGUCUUUUCAAGCUCCAACAUCUUCGUAAUCUUACCCUUAGGAACUCCAGUCUCAACGGAGAGAUUCCUUCUUCUUUAGGUUACCUUUCUCGUCUCACAAAGCUUAACCUUCUCUAUAAUAACCUAGUAGGUCAAAUUCCAGCUUCAAUCGGAAACCUAACCCGACUAAGGUACCUCGACCUAAGCCAAAACAAGUUGACUGGCAAAAUUCCGAUUUCCCUCGCCAACUUAACGAACCUGUACCUCUUCUACAUCCACGACAAUUUCUUGGAAUCCACGCUACCACCUAACAUGAGUGGAUUCCAAAACUUGAAGUAUUUUGGCGUGGGUGGAAACUCCUUCUCCGGUUCUUUUCCUAGAUCCUUGUUCACAAUCCCUUCUUUGCUAUACUUAGGGAUAUUAGUAGAAACCAAUUCAAAGGAUCUAUAG